UCAAGUUGAGAGACGGAAAAAAGUGGAAGAGCAGGUGGCUGGUGCUGCGCAAGCCCUCCCCGGUGGCAGACUGUUUGCUCAUGCUGGUGUACAAGGAUAAAUCUGAACGAGCAAAAGGGCAUAAGGAGAGGAGCAGCAUGACCUUAGAAGACAUCUGUGGCUUGGAUCCUGGGCUCUCCUACGAGGGCCUGAAUCACACCCUCGCAAUCAUCUGUCUCUCCCAAGUUGUGAUGCUGGGAUUUGAGAACAAGGAAACAAUGUAUGCCUGGGAUGUACGAAUACGCUACAGUUUGGGGGAAGUUCAUAGAUUUCAAGUCUUUGUAGCCCCUGGCACAAAAUUAGAGAGUGGGCCUGCUACCCUGCAUUUCUGCAAUGACAUCCUUGUCCUUGUGAAGGACCUUCCUCCCAGUGUCAUGGGGCAGUGGAAGCUCUCAGAUCUGCGUCGCUACGGAGCUGUCCCAAACGGAUUCAUCUUUGAAGGGGGAACCAGGUGCGGCUUCUGGGCUGGUGUUUUUUUCCUCUCUUGCACUGAAGGGGAGCAGAUCAGCUUCCUGUUCGACUGCAUCGUCCGCGGCAUCUCCCCGACCAAGGGCCCUUUUGGUUUGCGUCCAGUGCUCCCAGAUCCAAGUACAAAUCCAGCCUAUUCAGAAGAAAGACUGGCUCAUGAAGCUUUGCAAUUAGAAAAGCGCUUGAGCUUGCUGUCCCAUACAAGUCGCCAAGGUAGUGGAGGAGAUGACAGGAGUAUUUCAAGCUCAUCUUCAGAUACCAGCCACUCAGAUGUCAGUGUUGGGAGCAGGUUGACAGUGUGGCCUGAACAAUCUUCAGCCAGCAUCUCUCAGGAGAGCCAUGGGCUGGCAGCUGCAAAGGGCAUUCACCUGGGAGAGGAAAAGACCCUUCCAGAAGGGGCACGUGGCACCGCUAAACCCCCUCCGAAGCCGCUCCGAUCCAGACAGCUGCAGGAAAUAGGUCGUCAGAGUUCUUCUGACAGUGGAAUAGCUACUGGUAGUCACUCUUCCUACUCUGGGAGCUUCUCUUCCUAUGCUGGGAGCUUAGACAUUUGCCACGGUGAUGAGUUUGGAUCACUGCUAAGCUUGCCAUUGAACUUUCCUUCGGAUCAGAGUCUAUGUACUUGUCCUCACAGUGAGUCCCAGAGAGCUGUGGGAUCAGAGUAUCAGGUUCCCAGCUCUCUCAGACACGUUUAUGAUAUACCCAGGAGUGUGUUACAGGCAGCUUCUAAAGAAGUGCAACUGAAGAGUGCAGAUUCCACGUUACCCAAGGACCAGGCCCUGCCUGCUCAAGGUGCCAGUGACCCAAAACUGCUACUUCCACACUUGGAAGCACGGAGGGGACCUGAGCACGGCCAGCACAGAGGGAGGCCUUCAUCCUUACUCACAGAAAGCAGCAAGGACUCAAGUGAUGAGACAUAUGUGGAUUUUGUUUCAAGGUGGUCAGACACAAAACCACAAGGACAGGUGUCAGACUCCAAAAGUAGUGAGCUGUCACCACCUGGUGGGGCCUCAGCUGACCCCUGUGACACAUGUAGCCCCCACCCUGGGAUGACAAGAGCUCUUUUUUCAUCUUGUCCAAUCUGUGGUGGACUAAAGGGAACAGCAGUAUUACAGUCUGGAGUCUUACCAGCUAUAUCAGGUGGUGCUUCUGUCUUGGCAGCUUCUGGGUCUUUGAAAGUGCAUAGAGGGCACAGUCUCCAAGCUGGUCCUAAAGGUGGAUAUGAGAUGCUAACACUUCCUUCAGAACCUGGAACUCCAACUAGUUCUGAGGAACCUGAAGGGGCAGUAGGUUAUUCAGCUGAUGUCCCUACACCAGAUCGACCCCACAGUGAGACAGCCACCUAUGUCAAUAUCCCUGUCAGCCCUACUUCCAAAAAACAGCUUCACUACAUGGAACUGGAACUUCAAGAGUCUAGCACAAGCAUAAGAGGGAGUGGAUCGUCCCGGUAUGCCCAGAUUGACAUUGCAGCCACCGAGACAGCGCACAAAGUGGGGACGCAGCACGCGCAGUGCCGCGAGGAACGCCUGCAGGAGCUGGAGCAGAAGAAGAAAGGAGCUCAGCAGUGACCUGCCUAGGAAAGAACUUUGUGCACGCCACAAAUUCAUACUAAUUCAUCUUGCAAAAGGUUCACGUUUAUUGUAAAAAAGCACUCACGCAAAAUGCUGCCAUUGCCUCUUGCAGUUAUACCAGAUUCAUUCCGAUAUCUUGAUUCCUAAUUGGAAAGCUGAUAGCGUGAGGGAUGUGUUUGGUCUUUCCUUUUAUUUUAAUUUGGUUGUAAAUUCCAGAUUUUUUUUGUCAAAUGCAAUGCCAGAUGUAAGUUAACUUUUUCUAUAAUUCUAAAAUCAUGGAGAGCCUGGAACCAAUUUCAGUGUCUAUUAAAUGGUGGCAUUUUCUUUGAAAACAAAGAACUUGAAUGUGUGUAGAUAAGGGAGUGUGAGUGUGUGUGUGGUAAGUGUACACAGAUGUUUGCAUAUGUGUGUACGUAAGCACACAUUACUGAUAAAAUAUAUGUAUAUAUCUGAGUGUAUAAAAUAUGUAAAACCUCUGUUAAUAUAUUAAUGGACCCUUACGAAAGCAAGAAAAUUCAGUGUCUGCUCUUUUUGCAGGUACAGUUUUGUUCAAUUUAUGUGCUUAUUUAUGAACAUGCUCAACUAUACCUGUUGAUAAUUCAGUUUUAUACCUCACCAAGUCCUGCAGCUUUGGAAAAAGUCUCAGAUGUAAAAGCUGUAGUGUCAGGGAUGCACAUGUGCAUGCAAACAGACAAGAGCACACAAACAAGUUAUUUAAUUAUGUCUAUAAACCACAGUAAUGUGGAGGGGCAUUUGGGUGCUUCUGUUCUUAAAAAGCCUAGGUCAAACUAUGAGUUUGAUUUUGUAGUUGCUGGGUACCUGUAAUUCUUAGCAAUUUUUCUGGAUAUAUGUAUCACUGAAAAAUCAGGUCUCAGUUUUCUCACAGAGCAUAUUUUAAAACCAAGGUAUUCAAAAGAAACAUUAUCUUUUCAAAAUUGAGUCUUUUAUAUCACAAAAGCUAUUCCUAAUGUAAAACCAGCAUCCACCUUAAAUCUAAAAAGUUUAUUGAAAAAUUCUCUGCUGUCUGUAAGUAGCAGAAGACCAGUUCUGUGUAAGAGGAUGUCUCCAGAGAUGCUACACUUGAGGCACAAGAGGAUUUUAUCUUGUAAAAUAGGCUUAACCAUGAGUCUGCCACCUCUUGCUUUUGUACAGUAAGAUUUAAUUGUUCAAAAUUUAAUUUCCCAUGUUGUGUUAUCUAUGUAAUUAUUUUUAUUUGUCCUUAUAUAAAAUAUUAUUUAAAUAAAAUGUUGUAUUAAAUGUAUGUCAGUGACACUAGAUUAACAAAGAAAUGUACUUAAGAAGGAAACAAAAUUUCUUCUGAUAACAUAUCAGCUUCCAGAAGUUUUGGCUUUCCAGAAGUUGCCAGGAGUGACAUCUUGGGUAUUAAGAUUUUUUUGUUUGUGUCCUCUUAAGAUCCAGUAUCAGAGCCAAAUUCUCUUUUCUAGAUAUGCAUUUAAUUUCUAUUGGUGAGGUGAAGUUUUGUGCCAGUGAGGGUUUUACUGACUUAGAAUGAGAGGUGGGGUUUUGUUUUUGAGGCAAAAUUUAACCUAUAGAUUUAUUUGAAUGUAGCCUCAAUAUUAAUGUAAAAUACCAGCAAUCUCUCAAAUAAAAAAAAAAGUGUUUGAGAGUUGACAAUUGCCAUUCUUAUCUGUCAGGUGUUCAGAAGUAUUUUUCUGUUGAUCCACCUAGCAUAUUUCUGAAGGGAAGAGAGAUAUUUUUUGUGAGAGUCUAAGUUUAAAAGAUUUUCCUUUGACAAGUGGACAGUGGUGAUCUGCUUUUUAAAUUUCAGUACAACUGGAAUGGCCUGGGUUUCCUGGGGCCAGGUUUGUCUGACUGAAAUGUUCUUCAGUCAAGGAUCCUCCACUAGAGGACUUGCAAGGUUAAAUCUCUUGUUAUGUGACUAUUUAAUAUUUGGAUGAACAUAGCUUGACUGAUGCAUUGAAAUGCAGUGUUUUCCAUGACAAUAUAUAAUAAUUCUAUAUACAUAGAAACGGUGGUAUUUCUAUUGCAAAAAUCUGUUUACCAGGAAAAUACAUUACCCAGAGUCUCUACAAAGGCUGCCUUUCUGUAUGGUGCUUAUGCUAAAUCUGGGACUUGUAGCACAGGUAAGGAUUUGACACAAUAGUAAAGGUCAUCAGAUUGCUUCUGGCUUCACAGAGGAAUGACAAUUUAAGAAAAUUUUUCUUUCAGGUUGAGCAGGGCUGUGAAUCUGUGCAUGCACAUGGUUCUCUGUGCACAUGUGUUCGUGUAUGUCACAGUAAUUUCUAUUUAUUUUAAAUAAUUUUUACUUCACUUGAAUAGGAAAAAAUAGAACAGAUGACUUUCUCUUAGUAUUUAAAUUCACUUUAUAUUCUCAUGCACUAAGUUAUAUUAGCAGCUGAAGCAGGAGGCUGAGCCAUACUGUUGCAUCUGUUAAAAACUUGCUGGUUCUUUUGGUAGUACCUUGCAGGUUGUAUGUCCCUGUCAAGUUACAGGCUUGACAUUUCUGUUGAAGAAACUAGAGCUUUUUUAUUUGGACAACAGCAGCUCACAGAAAUGAAAACAUUUUUUCCUAAAUAAAUAUAACCAUUUGCCUUCAACUUCCUCUAAUGAACUGGGUAUGCUGGAAAUGAAACCAUAAUCCUACAAGCAGCCUUGUGCUUGUUUACACAGCAUGCAUAAAGACAUGUGCAUGAGUGAUCUCAAAUACAGUUUGUGAUUUCUAUGGGAUGAGUCCAUAUUCAAAGCUCUUUGCAAAAAAAAAAAUAAAAAAAUCAAAAUAUUUCCCACACUUUUGGAAAUAAAUGCAACUUGUAACUUUUGAGGAUAAAAAGGACUUGCUCAUUUUUAAUUUAGCAUUCUAUCAGAGUCAGAUCGCCUCCUGUUUUUACCAGGAGCAUAAAGCAUUAAUUACCAGAAGAACAAAGCAAUGUGAUGUGGCUGGUACUUCUGUAAGGUGUUCUUGAAGGACUUUAAGGUGGCAAAAGUGCUCUUGGUGAUAAGUAAACUCUGUCAGCAAGUGCAGUUUGGCAAGUUUGGGCAUAAGCAUUGGGGUACUGUGUAUGUUCCUCUUUCUUCCUGAUAAACAUACUGCCAGAUGUGACUGCUGCUUCAGUGGGGCUUAUGGCAUUGUUCAUAAGCUGCUGUGGAACAGAUUUAUAUGCAAAUAUUUGGGUGCUGGAAUUUUCUCUAAGGUAACGUGCUGCAGGAUGGAGGGCUGGAGUUUGGAGGGAUUUAAUUUCCCAACAAUGCAAAUAGUUGUCUGGGUUUUAAUAGCACUCCAGCACUUAAUUAUGGAAAAUGCCAAUAGGUGUCUUUAGGCAUGCAAAUGUUUGUGAAAAUCUGCCCUGAGAGUUGUCUUUAGAAAAGAGUUUGGAAAAAAAUCCUCAUUUUUCCUCUCUGCUGUAAACAGAACAGUUUUAAUUAGUGUAGCUUGGAAAGCUAUAUUUGAAUUUGAACUAUGGUGAUUACAUUUUCCAUGAGAGGCUGAAACAUGCAGCGGUUGGUAAGUUUCUCUUCUAGUUUGUCUGGAAUAAGACACAUGCAUGCUAAAAUAACCACAGGAGGAAGACACAUUAUUUUAUGAGUUACUGUUAAAAUUAUGUUUUUCUUUAAAGAUGACAAUGUUGUUACAUUUUUUAUGUCAUAUUUUCUUUGGGAAGAUCCUCAGCUCUCAUUUGGCCAGUCAAACAAUGUUCUACAACCUAGGUUAAAAGGAAAUGUUAAUUUAAUCUCAUACAGCAAUUAAAACAAGCAAAGCAGAAUAAGGCUGAGAGAAUUAAAAGUAAUUGAAAGGAAAUUUUGUAAGGAGCAGGUCUGCACCAACCACAGCAUGAACAGGUGGGAAAAAGUGGUGAAUUUGUGUUCAGCUUUGGUACAGCCUUUUCUCGAGUGCUGUGUGCAGUGCUUGGCCCCACAAUUUAAGAAGCAAGGGCAGGUCCCUGAAUGUGUCCAGAGAGCAAAAAAGCUGCUGGAAGGGCUGGAAGGGCUGUGAGGGGAGGCUGAGGGCUCUACGUUUAUGUUGUUUGGAGCAAAAGAGGCUGAGGGGUGAACUCAUUACUCCUUUCAGCUUCCUAAGGGGAAGCAGAUAAGGUGCUGAGCUCUUCUUGCUGGUAUCCAGAGACUGGAUGUGCAGGAAUGGUUCAAAACUGCACCAUGGAAGGUUUAGACUGGACUUUGGGAAACAUUUCUUUACCAAGAGGCUGGCCAAACAUGGGAACAAGCUUCCCAGAGGGGUGAUUCUUGCCUGUCAGUCUUAAGAGGAAUUUGGAAGAUACUCUUAAUAGCAUGCUUUACUUCAGCCUUGAACUGGUGAGGCAGGGGGAUAAGUUGGUUGAUACUGCUCCCUCCCAAUUGAAAUAUUCAAUUUACAUCCCAUCCCAAAGAUGACAGGCUUCAGAGUAGCCUCAUUCUGAGUGGUAUCAGUUGGUGAAUAUUGAUAAAUCAGUUAUCAAUUUUCUCUGAAUGGCUGGAAUAUACAUGUAAUCUUGACUUGGAUUUUGACACAAGGAAUAGCUUUGUAAGACACUGAGCAGGUUUAGGAAAGUGCAGCUGACAUGUGAACUUUGAGUUUAGUAAAAACUUGAGGGUGAGUGAACUUUAAAACAUAUACUUUCAAACGUUCGCUUGCAUCAGAGCAUCUAGAAAUAAUUCAAAUUUAUUAUCCCACUGUGUACACAGAGGCGUAUGUAACAUCACCAUUUUACUGAAAUAAUAUGUGUCAACUUAUUUGAGGAAUAUG